AUGUCGACACAUCCGACCAAAAAAGUCAAAUUAGAAGAUUUGCCACAAUGUCCAUAUGGUAGCAAAUGUUAUCGUAAAAAUCCAGCUCAUUUCAAUGAAUAUUCACAUUCCGAUUGUGUAUCUACUUCAGUUACUCCAAAAGUAGUUAAAACCGAUACUAAUAAAACAUUACCAGUAUGUCCAUUUGGUGCUACAUGUUAUCGAAAAAAUUUAUUACAUUUUGCACAAUAUAGUCAUCCAUUUGAUUUAUUAAAUCCUGAUGUUGAUAGUAGUGAUGAAGAAGAAAUUAAGCAAACAAAUAAAAAGAAUGAAAUAAUAAAUGAUGAUAAAAAACGAAAAAAAGAAAGUGAAGAAGAAGUUGAUGGAGAUAAAACAGAAGAAUAUGAUUCGAAUGAUGAAAGUGUAUAUGAUGUAAAAUUAGAGAAAACUUUUUCGAAAAUGACUGAUGAUGAAAAACGUUUAAUGAUUGAACGAGCAUUUGAAUUGAAAGAAAAAUUACAAGAAAAAUUAAAGAAAACUCGUGAAGAAACUGAAAAAAGAAAAAAAGAAAUUGAAGAACUUCAACAUAAAAUUAGCGAAGGUGUAUUAUUAAUGGAAGGUGAAGAAGAAAUUCUUAAAGGUACUAAAGUGAAAUAUUUCGAACUUUUUCCCGAACGAAAUUGUAAACAAGGUUCAGCUGCAGAAUUACAUUUUCGUCUAGCUGAAUCUCAAUUUUAUCGUUUAUUAAGUGGAUAUACAACAGCAAAAGUAACCAAAGUUGAAUAUGUUUGUAAUCCAAUUUUAAUCAAUAAAUUCAAUCAAGCACGAGAAGAACUAAAGAAAAAACGUGGUGAAGAAUAUUCUUAUCCUGUAUUAGCUUUUCAUGGUACAGCUGUUACUAAUAUUCAACCGAUAUGUGAAAAUGGUUUUAAAGUACCUGGUCAAGAAGGAUUUACGCAUGCAACUGAUACUGGUUAUUAUGGACGAGGAGCAUACUUUAGUGAAUAUCCUGGCUUUUCGAUGGGUUAUAUAAAAGGUUCUACAAAAUUAUUAUUAUGUCAAAUAUUACAAGGAAAAGUAUAUCACUGUACACAAUUAAUAGUUGGUUCUGCUCUUAUAGAUGGUUAUGAUUCACAUUGUUCACCUAGUAAACAAGAACUUAUUCUCUUUCGUAGUGAUCAUAUUCUUCCUCAAUAUAUUGUUCAUUAUAAAUUAGAUGCUGGAGAAUUUAAAUAUGCAGCUACUGGUGCUACAAAAGAAGCUAUAAAGAAAAAAUUAGCUAAAAUUGGAAAAUUAUACAAAAAAGCAGUAGCAACUAAAGAUAAAAAAAUAUUUACUGGUUAUAACUUUGCAUUUAUCGGUCAAAUGGCUGAUACACCAUUAGCUAUUGAAGCACUUGUUAAACGAUUCGGUGGACAUGUUUGCAAGAAUACUGUUCCAUUUGGUGGAACAAUAAUGACAACUGGUUUAUUUGUCAAUGGUUAUGCUGCAACUGUUCCAUUUGAUCCACCUAAUAUAAUCAUUUGUUCAAUAGCUGAAUAUGAAGCAACAACUCCAUCAACUGAAUUACAAGCUUAUAAAAAUAUGAAUUAUUAUGUUUUUUAUCGUGAAGAUUUCUUAUAUGAUUCAAUUAUUGAAGGCACAGUGAAAACAUUAGAAGAUUAUGUACAUGAUUGA